AUGAGGCGUUCUCUUGCACGGCCGCUGCGUUUCUUGCCCAGGAAGGCCCAGACCUUCAAUGGCACCCGGAGAGCGGCGUCCACUCUCCAGCACUUGAAAGAUGCAUCGGUUGCGCAUCAUCACCCGCAAGCUUCACGAACCAUCGAGCACGAGCCACGACGUCUUGAUGUUGAUGUCGCCCCCCAUCUGGCAAAGCAACCUUUACACCCAUUGAGUCUCGUGGACCUCGUCAAACAUGGCCGUCCUCCACUAUCGGCCGAGGCGCUCUUAGCAUCUGCCCGUUUUACCCUCUCGCUGCUCCCGAUCCGACUCUCUCAUCGUAUCCAAGCCCUGCGAAACCUCCCGUACAUUGUAGUGUCGAAUCCUAAUAUCAACAAGAUCUAUAACAACUACCAACACUCGCUAUCGACGCUGCUACCUUGGCAAGGGCGUACGAUUAGCAAUCUGGAAGAUGAAAUACGGUUUACCGAAGUGCUCGCGGAGCUAGUACAGACGCAUACCGAUACCAUACCGAUCCUUGCCCGUGGCUUUCUCGAGUGCCGCAAGUACAUCUCCCCCUCCGAAGUGACCCGUUUCCUCGACGAGCAUCUACGCGCUCGCAUCGGUACACGCCUCGUAGCGGAGCAGCACAUCGCCCUACAUUUCAGUAGCACCCCGCACUUCGACCCGUCCGCGAGCCCAACGCCCUGCCCCGAACACCCCAGCUACAUCGGGGUGAUCGACACCGCCCUACGUCCCACAUCAACAAUCGACUCCUGCGGCGGUUUCGUAGCCGACAUCUGCGAGCUCAACUACGGCGUGCGCCCAGAGUGGAUCAUAGACGGUGAACCCGACACCACUUUCGCCUUCGUACCCAUGCAUCUCGAGUACAUCAUCACCGAGCUACUCAAAAACGCCUUCCGUGCUACAGUCGAGAACGGCAUGAGCCGCGAGCCCGUCGUCAUCACCAUCGCUCCCGAGCCGCCCGGCGCUAAGCCCCCUCCCAAACAACAACAACAACAACAACAACAACAACAACAACAAGGACAAGGCCAAGUACAUCUCAGCCCGCCCCACGAAUCCCGCGGCGCCUUCGACCGCGAUACCAUCGCCCCGCUCGACGACAACGCCCCCGGCGUCACCAUCCGCAUUCGGGACCGCGGCGGCGGCAUCAGCCCGGACGUGCUUCCCAACAUCUGGAGCUACUCCUUCACUACUUUUAACGAAUCCGACGACGUCCCUGGUGCGGGAAGCGCGUCGUCAUGGGCGGGCAGCAGUGGUCCCAGCUACGCCGGUGUCAGUGGUGGUAGUGGGGGGGAUGGGCUCAGUGUCAUUUCGGCGGCGAGUAACGGGAGUAGCUCGAUUGCUGGGCUGGGAUAUGGCCUGCCGUUGAGUAGGGCGUAUGCGGAGUAUUUUGGGGGUGGGAUUGCGGUGCAGAGUUUGCAUGGGUGGGGGACGGAUGUGUACUUGAGGUUGAAGGGUGUUGGGAAGAUUGAGUAA